UGCAGAUAUUUGCUAUGACAGGAUGGUAGAGAGUCCUGGAACCUUACAGGAGCUGGUUGUGGAAUUCAUUGCCAGCCAUGUCAAGGAAGUUUGCACCUCACGUGUGUCUCUGGAUGACAACACCCACAGACUGUACUUCAGGGACUCCAAUGCAUUUUGUCACCAAAAAGUUGCAAACUUGCUGCUUAUGACAAUGGACAGAAAAGGCCUCCUAGAUGAUUUGAAUAUGACAUUGUUUGACCCAGUGGUGCUGCGCCUAAGUCAAGUGACUCUACACAAUGCUAAUAAUGUAACUUGUAAAGGUCUCAGAAUACUAAAAAGUCAUCAAAUACAAUCUGUGGAAGUGAAAAACCUAUCGAAAGUUUCAGUGGAUGAACUUAUUAGCUGCUUUGGUGAAUGGACCCUCAAUAAUAUACAUGCAUUAAGUGUUAGUGGAUCUACUUUUACUUCUCAUACAUCAAAUGCAGUUUGUAAAGGAAAUACACUAUCAACAAAAUCAUAUGUAGGCCUUAGCAAGUUGAAGAAUUUACAUAUGUUGAAUGUUAGUGGAACAGAACUAUCAUUCCAUGCACUACUGAAUAUUUGCAAUGACCUACAUAUGCUCAGUUCCCUUGAUAUAUCCAACUGCAGUAAACUGGAAUCAGUAGAGUGUCUUCGUAUCAGAAAAAACACCUUGAAAUCAUUGAACAUGUACAACCUAAAAGUGCUGCGUAUGGAGGAAACAAAGCAAGUGCUGCUGGAGCUAAGGGGUCUCAUCCACCUAGACAUCAGUGAAAACAAGGGCAGUCAGGACCCAAUUGACCGACUCAUGCCCAUGAAGCCUAUUGUACCCGACUUGCUCAGGGAAACUGUGUUUGGCCCAAACCUCAGAUCACUGGACAUCUCAGGGCAGGACCAAACCAAGCUGGAGGAUCUACACUUCUUCCUCAAAGGCCACCCUAAGCUAGAGUUCCUUGGACUUAUGCUGACCUCUCUCUGCUUAGACACAGUAUUCCUUGAUGGCUACAGUAUCACAGUAAGUUUUUUAUUUCUGUGCUUCUAAUA